GGAGGACGUAUUUCUGUGAACCCUCAUUAGUUCAGCUCAGCUCCUUCAGCUUUGUUGUGGCAGGGAAAGUGUAAAAAUACAGUCUGAUAAAUGCUGUUUCUUUGAACGAAUAUUUUGCCAUUAGACUCAGAACCCUGACCAGACACACGUGCUAUCAAUUCUAGUGUUUUUCCUUUCGGAGAACUUAAAGAUCAGCAUCGUCAACGAUGGUAAGAGGGCGCUAACGCAUUAGCCUUUAGCCAAUGUCGUCACUCGUCCAGUGUAGUGGGGUGCUCGGCUUACGACGUCGUCAGCUACACAGUUCAACAUAGCGAUCUAAAUGAGACGUACAAAUAAUAAUGUGAUUUAAUGCUACUGAUGGCUACACGGAUCCCCGACCUGAAGUGUUUCACUGUCUGAGGAUCGGAAGAAUCAAUCCACAGUGCUGACAAUCUCCACAGGAACACUACACCCUGAUCGUCGAUUUCGCUUUUGGGGGACGUAUGCAGACAAGCCCCCUGACCCCCACGGCUGCCCUCGACCGCCUCGCCCCAUCCGACCCUCCCCCUCCCUCCCUCCCUCCCUCCCUCCCUCCUUCCCCCCUCCUCCUCCUCCUCCCUCACCCCUCAGCUCCUCAUGAGGGUGCUGUGAGCUGGGCCAGCGACUGCUCUGCAACGUAAGAGACCGCGGGGAGCCUCUGGAGAGGCCAUGUCGUCGUCCAACAGGAGCCAGAACCCCCACGGGCUGAAGCAGAUCGGUCUGGACCAGAUAUGGGACGACCUGCGGGCAGGCAUCCAACAGGUCUAUACCAGACAGAGCAUGGCCAAGUCCCGCUACAUGGAACUCUACACACACGUGUAUAACUACUGCACCAGUGUGCACCAGUCCAACCAGGCCCGCGGGUCGGGACCCCAGCCCUCCAAGCCGUCCAAGAAGUCCCCCACCCCGGGGGGCGCCCAGUUCGUUGGCCUGGAGCUCUACAAGAGGCUGAAGGAGUUCCUGAAGACCUACCUCAUCAACCUGCUCAAGGACGGGGAGGACCUGAUGGACGAGGGCGUGCUCAAGUUCUACACGCAGCAGUGGGAGGACUACCGCUUCUCCAGCAAGGUGCUGAACGGCAUCUGUGCCUACCUCAACCGCCACUGGGUCCGCCGGGAGUGUGACGAGGGCCGCAAGGGCAUCUACGAGAUCUACUCGCUGGCCUUGGUGACCUGGAGGGAGUGUCUCUUUAGGCCCUUAAACAAGCAGGUGACCAACGCUGUUCUGAAGCUGAUUGAGAAGGAGCGCAACGGGGAAACCAUCAACACCAGGCUGAUCAGUGGAGUGGUGCAGUCGUACGUGGAGCUGGGUCUGAAGGAGGACGACACGUUCGCCAAGGGCCCCACGCUGUCGGUGUACAAGGAGUACUUUGAGAGCCAGUUCCUGGCGGACACAGAGCGCUUCUACACCCGGGAGAGCACCGAGUUCCUGCAGCAGAACCCCGUCACCGAAUACAUGAAGAAGGCAGAGGGCCGUCUCCUGGAGGAGCAGCGCCGGGUCCAGGUCUACCUCCACGAGUCCACCCAGGACGAGCUCGCCCGCAAGUGUGAGCAGGUCCUCAUCGAGAAGCACCUGGAGAUCUUCCACACCGAGUUCCAGAACCUGCUGGACGCCGACAAGAACGAAGACCUGGGCCGCAUGUACAACCUGGUGUCCCGGAUCGCCGACGGCCUGGGGGAGCUGAAGAAGCUUCUGGAGACGCACAUCUUCAACCAGGGCCUGGCCGCCAUCGAGAAGUGUGGCGACUCCGCCCUCAACGACCCCAAGAUGUACGUCCAGACCAUCCUGGACGUGCAUAAGAAGUACAACGCCUUGGUCAUGUCGGCCUUCAACAACGACGCGGGCUUCGUGGCGUCUCUGGACAAGGCCUGCGGGCGGUUCAUCAACAACAACGCUGUGACCAAGAUGGUCCAGUCGUCCAGCAAGUCCCCGGAGCUGCUGGCCCGCUACUGUGACUCCCUGCUGAAGAAGAGCUCAAAGAACCCAGAGGAGGCAGAACUUGAAGACACGCUCAAUCAGGUGAUGGUGGUGUUCAAGUACAUAGAAGACAAGGACGUCUUUCAGAAGUUCUACGCCAAAAUGCUGGCCAAGAGGCUGGUUCACCAGAACAGCGCCAGUGACGAUGCUGAGGCCAGCAUGAUCUCCAAGCUCAAGCAAGCGUGUGGCUUCGAGUACACGUCGAAACUGCAGCGCAUGUUCCAGGACAUUGGAGUGAGCAAAGACCUCAACGAGCAGUUCAAGAAGCACCUGCUGAACUCCGACCCCUUAGACUUGGACUUCAGCAUCCAGGUGCUCAGUUCCGGCUCGUGGCCUUUCCAACAGUCCUGUACCUUCGCUCUCCCCUCAGAGCUGGAGCGGAGCUACCAGCGCUUCACCGCCUUCUACGCCAGCCGCCACAGCGGCCGCAAGCUGACCUGGCUGUACCACCUGUCUAAGGGCGAGCUGGUCACCAACUGCUUCAAGAACCGCUACACCCUGCAGGCGUCCACCUUCCAGAUGGCCAUCCUGCUGCAGUACAACGCCGAGGACGUCUACACGGUGCAGCAGCUCACCGACAGCACGCACAUCAAGAUCGACAUCCUGUCGCAAGUGCUGCAGAUCCUGUUGAAGUCCAAACUUCUGGUGCUUGAGGAUGAUGGUACCAAUAUGGACGAAGCCGAUUUCAAACCAGAAACCGUUAUUAAACUCUUCCUAGGGUAUAAGAAUAAGAAACUGCGGGUGAAUAUCAACGUGCCAAUGAAGACGGAGCAGAAACAGGAACAGGAAACCACACACAAGAACAUCGAGGAAGACAGGAAGUUACUAAUACAGGCUGCCAUCGUUAGGAUCAUGAAGAUGAGGAAGGUGCUGAAGCACCAACAGCUGCUGGCCGAGGUCCUCAACCAGCUGUCAUCCAGAUUCAAACCCAGGGUUCCCGUUAUUAAGAAAUGCAUCGACAUCCUCAUCGAGAAGGAAUACCUGGAGCGCGUCGACGGGGAGAAAGACACUUACAGCUACCUGGCUUAACGCGGCCAGCCCCCCCUGCCCCCCCCCCCCCCCCCCCCCCCCCCCCUUCAUUCAGCCGUUUGUUUUUGUACCGGACCCCCGGCGCCCACCGGCCUCGCGCUAGGAACACCACUGACGGGCGCCUCCCCUCUUUAAGGCCCUGUGAUGACACACACACACACACACACACACACACACACACACACACACAGACACACAGACACUCACGCAGUCACACACACACACCCCUUUUCCAAAACGUUGUGCAUUCCCUGCUGCAGUAUCGGUUUGACCAGCAGGGGGGGGUUAUCUAGUGUUACUGAUGUAUGAUUUGGCCACAUACUUCUACAAAAUGCAUACAAACACACACACACACUCAUAUCCCUGCACACAUACAUGUGAAAGGACGUUCAGAGCACCAAAAAGCAAUCCGGUUGCCAAGGUGGAUAUCCCUGUAAUUUUUUGUGUUUUUAAACUUGGCCACGGGAGCUGACUGCGUUGUGGUUGUCAGUACCCCACCCUCGACCCCCCCACAUAGGAAGUGACCAGAAACGCCUACAGAUCGAACAUAUUUUAACGUAAGAAAAUAUUACAGACAACCAAUGUCACUCUGAAGACCUUGUCACUCUCUUUGUAAAUUUGACAUUUACAGUGCAAUUACUUAAUAAACUUUACCUUGAGUUACAUGAACUUUGCAUGCCACUCAAAACACAUCAAUGAGUUGCUUGCUUGCUUAAUUCAACGGCUUUGGGAGGGGAGUUGUUAGCAGAAAACACUCCUUCAGCAAAAGGUGAAUGUGUGCGUGUGUGUUUAUAUAUAUUUAUAUACGUAUAUGUAUACGUGUGUGUGUGUGUAUAUAUACGUAUAUAUAUGUGUAUGUGUGUGUGUGUAUAUAAGUGAUCUGUUGGUUUGAAGCAGGGCAUCCAUGUUGAAGCAUCAUCAUAAAGGAAGUGAUCUCUUUUGUUGAAUCAAAAGGACAUUAAUAAAAAGUUUGUAAAUACAA